AUGCAAGUCUACUUUGGCCGCAAUGAUAUUCCAGAUAUAAGCAUCCACUUAUCCAAUAACCGUUUAACGGUUGCUAAUAACGUUAAACUACUAGGAGUAGUUCUAAGCAGUGACCUAAAAUGGGAAAAUCAUGUUGACCUAAUGGUCAAAAAGGCUAAUAGGAAACUAUUCACGUUAAGAAAAUUAAAAGAGGCUGGUUUCAAUAAUAAUGAGCUGUUAACAGUCUACAUGGGAUACAUACGGCCCAUCCUAGAAUAUGCAGCUCCUCUGUGGUCUGGGGGACUUACAGUUUACCAGGAGACUUCCUUGGAAAGGGUGCAAAAACGUAGACAGGUCUAUGGUUGUGUUGAUAUUGAUAGUGUUGUUGUUGGUGGUGGUGGUGGUGGUGUUGGCGGCGGCGGUGUUGGUGGCUGUGGUGGUGGCGGAGGCGGUGGCUGUGGUGGUUGCGGCGGCUGUGGUGGUAGCGGUGGCUGUUGUUAA